AUGCAAGCAACCAUGUCAGCAGUUGCACCCGGCGUUAUUUUAGCGAUAGCGGCACUUAAGCAAGCACGCGGCGUCACCGAUGGCGACAAUGCGGCGAUAUUUAAGCCCUUAUGUGCGGCACUACAGCUGGCGGACGUCAAGCCCACUUUCGAACCUCCGAUCCAAGCUAAUAUGCCGGAGCCGCUGGACCUGUACAGACUCAACAUGUCAAUAGCACCGAAAGACUGGCGAGCGAAAUUCUUAAAUCAAGGCAACAAAGCGGCCUCCACACCAGCGGAAGUGCCGACAGACGAGAACGACGAGGAAUUAAAGGCGCGUUGGAAGACGUGGGCCGACACAGCGGUCUUUCUAGCAACCGACAACAACGAAAAAGAUCUAAAGGCCAACUAUGGCCUAGCCACUGCAACGGCAGGACAGAUCGAGGCGAUACGCCCCACAAUACACGACAUUACCGAAGCGGCGCGCGCCAUCUACACGGCCGACAGCGACCCAGGGCCGGCACCUGACGCCGACGAGCUGCUACAGAAAGAAAUAGCACAAGCCGUAUACGGCCAAGAGCAAUGGGGACCAGAAGAGCUCACAGCGAACAAAGUUUUAAGCGGCCCAGACACAGGUUACACGACAGCCUGCGGAGGAGGAGGAACACAGAAACCUCAAAACACAGUAGCCGGUACAAUAAUCUGCGUCUGCGGAACCGGCAACACACAGUCGAAGAAGCCUUGCCACAAAAAACAGACAACGCAAACGGCAUGGCAAGCGACCAACAUACCGAACAGAGCAAGCUGGGGCAACCUACGCAACGUCUGCCCGAAAGCAACCAAAACAAAGAUAACAGCACAUGGAUUAAGGGAACUCGUCGCCGCAGCAAAAACAAUAGCGAACACACAAGGCAACAAUGUUUUCAUAGGCUCAGAGGGCGAAAACACUUGCAACGGCAAUGCAGCCGGUGCCUGCGUCAAAAUCACUGGCGGGGCACCAUCAGGAAACCUAAAAGACGACGCCAUACCAUGGAUAAACAAGCUAGAAGCCGUCGCAGACAAACUCGCCGCGCGCGACAACUACAACAGCGAACAGCGACGCAAAAAAGCAGCAAUUGCCGACCUGAUAUCAAGGGCAAAAGCGGUAACCAAACGCGCUCAUUACCUCUUCCAGUUUCAGAAAACAGCGAAAACAGCCGCUGCUGGUGAAGCAACGGAAGGAAAAGUAUCAAAAGGAGACUGCAAGCAAUACACCACAAACAGUACCUGCCCCAAAAACGACUGCAAAUGGGACAUCACUACAGAGACAACAGGAGAAUACUGCAAACCCAAACCAGAGACAGAAACCACAGAAACAGGAGAGAAAACAAACGAGGGAUAA